GGGUUUUUAUCGUGACUGAUAUUUUGGGCAGCCAAAGACCUCGUCGAGGGGGCUCUUGGUCCGAUCCCGAUAGUGCCAUGGCGACGUCGUCUAGAUUCGCCUUCUUCCUCUUCUGCCUGUCACUCCUGUACUCUACCGCGCUCUCCGACCUUGUGAUCUCGAGAGUCGAUCGACGGGUGGAUUUGACUUCCCAUGUUGUACGGAUAUUGUCCUCGUUAAAGGUAGAGAAUGGUGGUAAUGAAAUUGCAUCAGAAGUUUUGCUGGCAUUUCCUAAUAUGCAAGCAAAAAACUUGGCAGCUAUUAAAACAUUUUAUAGUGAAGGAAAAGGAAAAGAAAAGGGUUCUAGUGUUAGUCUUCCUACUACACUAGUUGAACCAAAAGGAAUGCCCCAAGAGUUGACUUUUUAUUCUGUGUCCUUACCUAAAGGUUUAGGAAAGGGAGGAGCUAUUACUUUGGAUGUGCUUUCUGUAUUCACUCAUUCUCUGCAACCAUUUCCUGAAGAAAUUACUCAAGCUGAUGUGCAACUUGUACUCUAUCAGGAUAGUGCCUACUAUCUAUCUCCUUACAAAGUGAAAAUGCAGACUCUUGGUAUUAGAUUGCCUGGUGGAAGAGUUGAAUCUUACACAAAACAUCCAAAUUCAAAACUUGUUGAUUCAGAAAUUAGAUACGGUCCAUUUGAAAAGCUUCCUGCCUUCUCCUACUCUCCUAUAGUUCUUCAUUUUGAAAAUAAUAAUCCUUUUGCUGUUGCACAUGAAUUGUUACGUGAGAUUGAGAUUUCUCAUUGGGGUAAUGUUCAAGUUACUGAACACUAUACUCUUGUUCAUGGAGGUGCCCUAACAAAGGGAGGGUUUUCUAGGCUCGACUAUCAAGCCAGACCGGCAAUAAGAGGGGUUUCAUCGUUUAAUCAUUUAAUUUUUAGAUUGCCACCAAGGGCACAUUCUAUAUAUUACAGAGAUGAAAUUGGAAACAUUUCAACCUCACAUUUGUGGGGUGAUUCUAGAAAGACACAACUAGAAAUAGAGCCAAGAUUUCCAAUAUUUGGUGGUUGGCAAACAUCAUUCACUGUUGGCUAUGGUUUACCAUUGCAAGAUUUUCUAUUCAAGUUGGAUGGAAAGUAUAUGCUCAAUAUUACAUUUGGCAGUCCUAUGGAUGAGGUUGUCAUUGACAAUCUCAUUGUAAAGAUUGUCCUUCCAGAAGGUUCAAAAGGAAUUAUUGCUGCUGUUCCCUUUCCUACAAAGCAAGCAGAAGAGAUUAAAUAUUCCCACCUUGACAUCGUUGGAAGGCCCGUUUUAGUCUUGGAAAAGAAUAAUGUUGUUCCAGAAGAUAACAUCUAUUUCCAGGUCUACUACCAGUUCAGCAAGAUCUCAUUGCUAAGGGAGCCAAUGAUGCUAAUUUCUGGCUUCUUCCUCCUUUUUGUUGCUUGCAUUGUUUACAUUCACACUGAUAUGUCAAUCUCGAAGUCUUCUGCGUCAUAUAUUGCAAAAAUUCAAUCAGAGGAGGUGCAAGCAACAGUUCAACAGGUUCUUAAUAUCAUCAACCAGUGUUUAGCAGUUCAUGACAAGCUGGAGGCCUCACUAAGAGAUCUCUCAAGGACUGGAGAUGUCCAGUCUUGUAAAACACUUCGUAGGACAGCUGAUGCACAGCUCAAGGAAUUGGUUAAGGAGUUGAAGCCAUUGACAACAUUUUUACACCAUUCUCCUCAGGCUUCCCAUAUAUUACCAAAGGUGGAGGAGCUGAUUGCUAAGGAGAAAGACUUGCAAGACAAGAUGAUGCUGAAACACUCCACCGUGGUUGAUUGUUUUGAAAAGAAGUACAGUGGAAAAGAUAUAGAGAACCGCAUUGCUCCUCAGCAGCAGAAAUUAACUGUCCUGAGGCAAGAGAUGGAUGACCUUCACGAGUUCCUUGAUGAAAUCUAAGAUCAUCACAAUUCCCAUCGUAAUCCUUAGCAUUAUGAAAUGUUAUUGAGAGUUUUGUGGUACUAUGAGAUGUCUUGAUUUUUAACAGUACUAGAUCUUUUAAUUUGUUUUAUCAGUAGGUGGCUGGAAAACAAUCUGUUUUAUAGAUACGCAGCAUUCUUAUCAUAUAACCUGACAGCUCUCAAUUCUAUAGAGGAAUAACUGUUUUUUGGUAA